GUGAAUCCAAGAGUAGUAUUUAGAUAGAAAAGUCUUUAGAAUGUCCCCGAAAUUCACUUUUUACAUCGCGCGAGCACCGGACAAUUUGCAAUCGGGUGUGGAAAAUUUCCCAGCAGAAAAUCGUAAACAAAGCGAACUGGGGAUGUGUUUCUUAUCGAUUGGCCUAUCUUAUUGAUUACUGCAGUGCCUGCAGAGGUUUUAGGAAUGGUCUUCAACUUAAUUCUGAUAACGGGCGUUCCCGGUGUUGGGAAAACGACAAUUCUGAAGAAGAUUGCCGAUGACCUGAAGAGCUUCAAAGUGCCUCUCACGGGCUUCUACACCGAGGAAGUGCGCAAUGGCCUUGGCGGACGCGUGGGCUUCGAUAUAGUGACCUUCGAUGGCCAGCGCGGACCUUUGGCGCGACCCAGCAAGACUUCCGCUCUGGCUUCGUUCAAGCGCCUCCACAAGCUGAGCAGGUACUCAGUGGACAUUGAGAGCCUGGAUCAGAUCGCCGUGCCCAUUCUGUUCAACAACAACAUCGAUCCUGUGCUGCUGAUUGACGAAAUCGGGAAGAUGGAGCUGUUCAGCACGCAAUUCCAGGAUGGAAUUGUGAAAAUCACUGAGGAUUUGCGCCUGGGCAGGCGAUGCAUGAUCGCCACAAUUCCCAUCACUUCGCCACACUCCAGCGACAUCAUCCAGAACCUGAAGAAGAUCGACAACUGCCAGGUGUUCGAGAUCACCAAGGCGAAUCGCAAUAACAUCUAUCCAGACAUCAUGUCAUCCGUCCGCCGGAUGCUCAACAUCUAA